UAGCCUUUUUCGGUUAGAGACUGAAAUCUGUCAGAUCAGCGGAGCGUACAUUCCCUUAAUACCUUCUAAUAUUUCACAAUACUUUCUUCCCCUAGUCUGCGAUAGAGACUUUAAUCUAGCUCGAAGGGUCGCCAGGUUUGGAUUUUGACUUUUCGACGUCUGCAGGCGAAGGAAACGGCAAAGAAUGACGAGCAAUUUAAAGCGGAAAGAAGAAAGUCAUCUGGUGAAUGGGGGUGUAAAACAGCCCACAUGGAGCAAAGCCUUCAACAGUAGUGCUGUUUGGGAAGAGAAGGAUGAAUUUUUAGAUGUGAUUUACUGGCUUCGGCAAAUUAUUGCAGUAAUCCUCGGUGUGAUAUGGGGUGUGGCACCGUUGAAAGGAUUCCUGGGAAUAGCCAUAUUCUGCAUCAUCAAUGCUGGCGUCCUGUAUGUAUACUUCAGCAGCUUUCAGCAGAUCGAUGAGGAAGAGUAUGGUGGCACGUGGGAACUCACCAAAGAAGGCUUCAUGACAUCUUUUGCUCUGUUUCUGGUGGUGUGGAUAAUCUUUUACACAGCUCUACAUUUUGACUGAGAGGAAUCCAUUGGACACUAAAUACGAACAUUUCUGUUGAAGUAAAUUGUCAAGACAGAGGAACUCCACGGCUUGAGGGGUGUCAACGCUCCCACAUACAGUAUGACUUUUCAGUGUGCAGCGAAUCAUGGGAAUCCCAGUUUGAUUAAAGAGAUCCUGCAAGACCACCGUGAUGUACAAGUUCAAAUAAUGUACACCUCUCUAAUUCCUUUUUAAGGCAACCCUCCAUUACACUUCUCGUAUGUUUAUAUUUCCUUCCUUACGUCAUCGUCAUCGUCAUCGUCUCUUACAAAACACUAAUGGAUAGUUCAGCUGAGAUUGGUUGCAGCUCUAUUAGCGAUGGAGGAUUUACCUUGCUGUAAAUCAGAAGUGGGAUUCUUAAUAUUUAUUGGUUUAACAUAGGGCCUUUCUUCUGUUUUGGAAAAGUGACAUGAACGCAGAUUUUAGACUGUUAAAAUAACAACUAGUAUGUAUAUUCACCCCAGUGUACUGCUCAUAAGCCGGUCACUUAAGUAACAGGAAGUGGUUAAUAAAAACAAAGUGUUGUCAUAGUUAUUAGCGAUCAAUCAGUCCAUGAGUGUGAAGUGUUACCUUUUAAUUUAGGGACAAAAUGCACCAUAUUGGAUGUAUAAAACCACCAGUAAAGGAUGUGGCUUCACUGUUAAUCAUCCCUCUCUCUAAAAUUAUGUUUGCCUUUUUAAAAAGAUAAUCUUUGCCUCACAAUUGAUUAUAAUGAGUAAAAAUUAAAUAGUUAAAAAUUGGCAUGGCAUUAAAGCACAUUAUAGGCAAACAUCACGGUUGCAGCUACAGUAGGUGUCUGUGCUUUUAAGGGUGGAGUCAUCUGAUUUCAUGAAAUAUUGAGAGGUGACUUUGAGCUUCCAUGUUUUUGUUUGUUUGUUUUUCUCAGUGGAUAUAAAUAUAGCAUUUUUCAAUAAAAUCUGUCAAUUGUUAUUUCUUCUAAACAGUCUGGUGUCCAAGAAAUGUGAAAGCUUGUCGCCAACCAAAGCUGAACACUCACUGAUUUUAUCAUAUAAAAAACAAAACAAAUGCUGGUUGGUAAGAUACACGUAUCAGCUGAUAUCCAAUCCGAUGACAGUAUCUAUCAGUUGUAUCACAGCGCUGUUACUUCAGUCAGGAACUAAUAACCAUUUAAGUUUUCUGUCCAUCCAAGUGAUUUCCUCAAAGCAACGAGGGAGGAAACGUGCAUGCCGUUUUCAGAUGCAAACGUCCACAGAUCUAAGCUAAAAACUGGUCUGUGCACUGCCAUGACUUGCUGUUCGUAUAUCUAGAUGUCAUUUACUAAUGGCACGAGUUAGGAGGGUAGAAAUAAUUUAAAUUUAUUACUUUAUUCUCACAUGUAGCUUCCAGAUCAAAGUCUUACCUGUUGUUUUGAAAUUAACUUAAACGUGUCUGUAAAUUCUGUACAAUGUCCCUUUUGUCAAAUCCACCUUGUAUUACACAGAUUUAUUUGUACUUAUGUUAUAUCUUGUUUGAUGUAACAUAUUUCUCAGUAUUUUAUAGUGAAGAACUUUUAAAAACAGUUCUUGCAAAAUUAUUGUAACGAUACUGUUAUAUUAGAUACGCAGCUGGUGUUUGAGAGGAUUGUAUUUUCUGAUCAAAUCUUUUGGGAAUCAUUAAACAUGGGCUUUGUUUGGCCUCCAUUUUCAAAGA